AUGGUUACACUAUCACCUCACGGGCUCAGGGACGGUCCCUGGCUUGGGACUAUGGCUGACCGAUAUAUCGGCUACACUUCAGUUGAGGCGGGCACUUCUGCCCUUAAAGCGUCCAAUUUCAAAAAUGAAAAAUACGUUUCAUUAAACAAUUUAAGCAAAAUAUUUCAACCCAUUUGCAUUGAAACCAGCAACAACAACAACUACAACAACUACAACUACAACAACUACAACAACAACCACAACAACAACCACAACAACAAACCCUUCAUAAACAAAAUUGACAUCAACAACAAACAUCCAAUAACGUUUGGCCUAAUCACGUGUCUCGGUUUAGUCGGAAAUGGUUUGGUUAUCUACGUCAUAGUGACUAAAGAACGCAUGCGUACGGUUAUAAACUUGUUGCUGUUGAAUUUGGCCGUGGCUGACCUAUCAUUCGUCUUCGUUAUACCGCCAUCUACAGCUUACAUAUUUGCGUUUGAAACAUGGCACUUCGGCACUGUGGCCUGCAAACUCAUGCACUACCUGGUAAACGUGACAGCCUACGUGACAGUCUACACCCUUGUCCUGGUGACAGUCGUUCGCUACCUGACCAUCGUCCACAACCUCAAAACAUCUCGCUUUCGCACGCGCCCCAUCAUCGUCUGCCUCAUCUGCGCCAUCUGGGUCAUCGCAUGCCUCGCCAACUCCUUCAUCUUCGUUGCGUACGGGACUUUCAGCGAUUUGAAAACGCCAGAAAUGAUUAGUUGCGAUCUUUACGAUGGAAAUAACGGUAAACCAAUGUACGCCCUCUUCUUCCUGCUGGCUUAUCUGCUGCCACUCAUCAUUAUCGCGUUUCUUUCGAUUGGGAUUGCCAGGCAGAUGGCGAGAAAUCGACCGACAACUCACGCUGCAGCUCUGCGUAAAAUGCGCUCAGCUCGGCGCAAGAGACAAAUCGGAAGGUUGUUGAUAUUCGUCGUGGUAUUGUUCGCUGCUUUCUGGCUGCCGAUCCACAUUCACCUCCUGGUGGCCUACUUUGGCAAAAUAUCGACUAGCGAUUUUUAUCGAGUUUUAACGUUUCUCUGGUAUUGUCUGGCCUACGCGAAUUCAUGCGUCAAUCCCAUCAUAUACAAUUGCGCCUCGAAAGAUUUCAGGAUCGCAUUCAAAGAAACGGUUGUCUGUUUACCGAUAAAACCGACAAACCGAGUCGAGUUGAGUAAUUCAAUAUUGGUUAACGGAGACCAUAGGAGCGAUGUUCACAAUAAUGUUCGAGCCUGUGGCGGGGGUCGUGCCUAUAAGGAAGAGAGUAUUAUGGACGAGUUUGUCGAGGGCCGAAAAUGUAAUGCUGUGACGAAAUAUAAACAAUUUCGACGACACGAUUUCAAAACCUUCACAGUUGAAAUUAUCAACAAUUUUCACAUCCUCAACAACAACAUCAACAACAGCAUCAACAUCAACAACAUCAACAUUAACAAAAACAGCAGUGGCAGCAGCAGCAACAACAACAUCAGCAACCACAAUAACAAUAACACCAUCAGCAUCAUCCACAAGCAAACAAUCAACAUAAACCAGCUUUAA